GAUUUCAUGCCAGGAAUCGUUACAGGAGGUAUUCAUUGUAAAUCAGAUGAUUCAACUCUACUUGCCCAGCGCUUUUGCGGACUCUUUUGAGGAUGUUAUCCAGGAGAGGCACCUGGACGAGGUGGAAUUAAUUCCGUACAGGAGUUUUGAAGGAUACUCUGUAAAAUUCUCAAUCUUGGCCUGGAACGAUUACGGAGUGGUUCUGUCUGUGGCUUGUGGCCACGAAUCUGAAGUGAUUAUUUUCCUCUUGAGGAUGCCAGACGAGGAUGAAGAAUUCAAGGUCCCGCCAAAGGCGAUAGAAUAUGAGAAGAAAGCACCUAAAUUUGAAGUGGAUUCUGAGGUAUUCAGGGGAUUUCUUUUGCGGUUUCUGGAUUCUUUCUAUCCUCGAGGAAAUUAUCACCAAUUCACGUUCAUAAAAAUUGAAGAUCCUGGGAAUUCCCUAUUGACUCCUCCAGACACUCCGGCUUUGCCGUUUCAGGAUCACAAUGAACCUCCAGAGAUGGAGAACUUUGUAUUCCUCGAGAAGUCAUUGGAGCUUCUGCGCAUGGAAAACAAAACAGGAUGUUUUGAGACUCACCAGACAAUCCGCCCCAGGAGUGUGCCAGCUGCCAAAGUGCCCAAGCAUCUCAGACAGCGAGUCAAGAGUGCAAAGUAGUUUAAAUGAAUGUU